CCAAUGGGCAUCUUCUCCAUCCUUGAAGAGGAGUGCAUGUUCCCCAAGGCUUCAGACGUCACCUUCAAGAACAAACUGUAUGAUCAGCAUCUUGGUAAAAGUGCCCCCUUCCAGAAACCCAAACCUGCCAAAGGCAAAGCUGAGGCUCAUUUCUCCCUUGUGCACUAUGCUGGCACUGUUGAUUACAAUGUCAAUGGCUGGCUGGACAAGAACAAGGACCCCCUGAACGACUCAGUGGUUCAGCUCUACCAGAAGUCUUCAGUGAAGCUGUUGGUUCACCUCUAUGCAUCACAUGCCUCAACAGAAGAUGCUAAAGGUGGUGGAAAGAAAGGUGGCAAGAAGAAGGGUGGCUCCUUCCAAACAGUAUCAGCUCUCUUCAGGGAAAACCUGGGCAAGCUGAUGACCAACUUAAGGAGCACUCAUCCCCACUUUGUGCGUUGUCUGAUUCCCAAUGAAUCAAAAACACCAGGUCUCAUGGAGAACUUC